AAUUUUCAGUAGCUCGCAUCUACUCUCAAUAAUACAACUGGAUAAAGACAUAUAUAGUAAAUAUUCGUUAACUUUAUUUUCUAAAAAAAAAUAAAUAAAUCCUGGAUCGCAUUUGACAUACAAUAAGCAUUGAUCAAGCCGGGAAAAUCGUUAUAUGCAACAUAACAAAAUGACUGAGCCGCCGGUGAACUCUGAAGAGGAAUUUUACAUGGAGGAGGCCUUCGAUGAAGAGGUGGAGGAGGAACAGGACUCUGAGGAGGAGAUUGAAGUGAAUGAAAGCGACACGCAGAGCGACACGGACGUCGAGGCUGAGUAUCUGCGUGGUAAUCCCCAUGCACGCCGUCAACAGAUCUAUGCCAAGCGCUCUGGCGGCGGCAGCGGCUUCGCCCGCCAAACCAAUGUGAAAUAUGACACAUCCUCGUCCGAGGACGAGGGACCCGUGGUCAUCACCAAGACGGUGGCCGAAGUGAAUUCAUCGUCGUUGCAACCGGAGCAGACAGACGAUGAAUCCAUGUCGGUGCGCACAUUGAUGCCAAAGAGCGGUAAGCAGCAGGACGAUGGGCAAUCAGAAAGUGAUUUAACUGAAGUGGAGUUCGAAUUGGACGACGACUUGGGCGCUGAAGAGAUGAUUUUUUCUGAUAAUGAAUACGAUGACGACCUUGCAACCGAGAAAUGUAGCGAUGACAAGGAUGACAUUGCAAUAUCCCAACUGGAUGAGGGGGAGGACGAGGGAGAUGAGAAUGAUGAAGAUGAGGAGGAGAACAAUAAUCAAGAUGCAAAUGAUACGCCCAAUGUGGACCUCGUCAAUGUCGCCGAUGGUGACGACAGUGAGAUGGACUCCGCACGCAACACAGACGGCGAUGACGCAGAUGAUAUGACCGUCCUGCGCAAUCUGAACUUCCCAAAUAUGAAACGCAGUCAUCAGUACCAUCCAAAUUUACCACGGAAACCAAUUGUAGAUGCUGAGGCACCGUUGGUCCCCAAGCUAGAGAACAUCUACGAUGAUAAUGGGGAAGAGGUCUAUAAACUGGAUGGCGAUGAGCCUGCACCAGGUGAUCCGCUCAAUGUCAAGUUUCUGGAACAGCAAAUGACCCAGAUGUCGGAGAUGAUCAUGAAGACGUUCCGCCUAAGCGGCGGCUCUGCUGACAGCAGUGCCUUGGAGCAGCUGGCACUGGCCACCAAAUUGAUGAAGAAACACGGCAAGCCGAAAUCGUCCGAUGUGGACCUAUUGGAAGAGGAAUCCGAAUCCAUCGAUACGCCGGACACAGUGUGCUCAGAGAAAUUGGGCCGUCGUAAUUGCCGCUGUCCCUCAACCAGUGAAAUCACUGAGACUGAGGAAGGCAGCGACUUUUUGAUGGACGAAUGUGGCCAGGGCGAUGGCCUAUUGCGCUAUCCGCGCCAAAAGCAGCCGCACUCGGCUCGCCUACUCAGCUCAACGCCCAGUGGUCUGCGUAGCGAAACCACCGGCUACCGCUUGGACAUACGACGCCCUCGCUCUGCCGCCCCUUCGGAGGUCAACUAUAAGAAUCUGGGACGCAAGAGCUUCAGCUUCACUAAUCCCCAGGUGCGCGAAAUCGAGCGGCAGAAUAACAUUUUAUUGAAGAAAAUGAUGAACGUAAAGCCGACAAUAAAACCGACUAAUAAUGCAGCCAAAUCCAACACCAAUAUUCAAGCUAAGAAUCAAGGGCCGCCUGUAGCACGCAGGUCAAGUGCCGCUGUGAACCGCAAGAAGUAUCAAAGGCAGAUUGAUUUGGACAACGAUGUGCUGAAGCGUAAACUGGAAGCCGUUGGCUCACGCCGACCUAUAUUCAAGUGAACUCAUCAGACCGUUGUUAUUUCUGCAGAUACUAAAUAUUAUAAUUUUAGAAAUGUUUAAAGCGAAUUUACCAAAU